UUCGUCUGUCACCGCCAAAACCCUAAUCUUCAAAUCCCUCCCAAAAACCCCAGUGGAAUUCUCCCCACAAUUUUCUCACAUUAGCUACCUUGAUUGACUACUUUAAUGUUCAUAAUCCACUCAGUUUCUCUAUUCUUCAACCCAGUGCUUAAAAAUCUGCGGUGUCCGAGUUUCAAGCCCUAGGGUUUCUGUUCACUUGAACUGAGAAUCCUAGGGUCUUUCAGAAGGAGAGAAAAAGUUGUUUAUUAUAUUUCAAUCUUUCUAAUCAAGGAUGGUUGCUUGGGAAAACGAGGUAGUGAUGCGUGACGUCACUAAUGCGGGGCUGGUAGUCAGCGACCGCAUCGGCCGGGAAAUCGCGGGGCAGGUCGACCUUGAAGAAGCUUUAGAAGCUUCUAGAUACUCUAGCCAUCCCUAUUCCACUCACCCCCGCGAGUGGCCUCCUCUAGUUGAAGUCGUGGAUACAUGGGAGUUGCCUCCUGUGUUGAUAGAAAGAUACAAUGCAGCUGGUGGUGAGGGAACGGCUUUAUGUGGGAUAUUUCCAGAAAUACGACGGGCGUGGGCAUCAGUGGAUAACUCCUUAUUUCUGUGGCGAUUUGAUAAAUGGGAUGGUCAAUGUCCUGAAUAUAGCGGGGAGGAGCAAGCUAUCUGUGCUGUUGGUCUAGCGAAAACCAAGCCAGGCGUUUUUGUUGAAGCCAUUCAGUAUCUUCUAGUUUUGGCUACUCCUGUUGAGCUGAUCCUUGUUGGAGUAUGUUGUUCUGGAAGAGGUGAUCAAACCGAUCCAUAUGCAGAGGUUUCACUUCAGCCGCUGCCAGAAUAUACCAUUCCAUCUGAUGGGGUGACUAUGACUUGCAUCACCUGCACUGAUAGGGGUCAUAUUUUUCUUGCUGGCCGUGAUGGUCAUGUUUACGAACUUCAAUAUACAACUGGUUCAAGUUGGCAAAAGCGAUGUCGUAAAGUCUGCCUAACUGCUGGUCUAGGAAGUGUUAUCUCGAGGUGGGUUGUGCCCAAUGUUUUCAAAUUUGGAGCUGUGGACCCGAUUGUUGAAAUGGUUGUUGAUUCUGAGAGACAUGUCUUAUAUGCACGUACUGAGGAGAUGAAAAUUCAAGUAUUCUCUCUAGGGCCAAAUGGUGAUGGCCCACUGAAGAAGGUGGCGGAAGAGAGAAAUUUGAUUACUCAGAGGGAGUCGAGCUAUGGUGGGAGACAACAAGCAGGGUCUAGAGCCUCUUCUCGACCACCUAAAUCUUCUAUAGUUUGCAUAUCACCUUUAUCUACUUUAGAAUCAAAGUGGUUGCACCUCGUGGCUGUUCUAUCAGACGGGCGGAGGAUGUACCUCUCAACUGCUCCUUCUAGUGGAAAUAACAAUGCUCUUGGAGGUUUGAGUGGGCUUAGUGCUAAUAACCGGCCAAACUGCUUAAAGGUUGUAACUACAAGACCCUCUCCGCCAAUAGGGGUGAGCGGCGGGCUUGCUUUUGGAGCUCUGUCUCUUGCUGGAAGAUCUCAGGGUGAUGAUCUAUCUCUGAAGAUUGAAUCAGCAUAUUAUUCAUCUGGAACUCUGGUCCUUUCUGAUUCUUCGCCAUCUGCUGUUUCGUCACUUUUGAUUGUGAAUAGGGAUCCUAGCACGCAAUCUCUGUCAUCUGGUAGCUUGGGGGCCAGUGCAAGGGGUUCUCGCGCACUUAGAGAAUCAGUAUCAUCUGUCCCUGUGGAAGGUAGAAUGCUUUUUGUGGCUGAUGUUCUACCUCUUCCAGAUACAGCAUCCAUUGUGCAGUCUCUGUAUUCAGAGCUAGAACUGUGUGGAUUUCACAACUCAUGUGAGUCCUGUGAAAAGACUUCCAUUAAACUGUGGGCUAGAGGUGAUCUUUCUACUCAACAUAUAUUACCAAGAAGAAAAGUAGUCAUAUUCAGUACCAUGGGCAUGAUGGAAGUAGUUUUCAACAGACCAAUAGACAUACUUAGGCGAUUGUUAGAAUCUAAUUCACCAAGGCCACUACUGGAGGACUUCUUCAACCGUUUUGGUGCUGGAGAGGCAGCUGCAAUGUGUUUGAUGCUUGCUUCACGGAUAGUAUAUACAGAGGCCUUCAUAAGCAACAUUGUUGCUGAGAAGGCAGCUGAAGCUUUUGAAGACCCUAGAGUUGUUGGGAUGCCACAGUUAGAAGGAAGUGGUGCAUUAUCAAACACCAGAACUGCUGCUGGGGGAUUCAGCAUGGGUCAGGUUGUUCAAGAGGCCGAGCCUGUGUUUUCAGGUGCUCAUGAAGGUCUCUGCCUGUGCUCAUCAAGGUUGCUUUUACCAUUGUGGGAGCUUCCUGUAUUUAUAAUCAAAGGGGGUUCUGGAUCUUCAGAUGCAAUCUCUGAGGAUGGGAUCAUAACAUGCAGACUCUCUGUUGGAGCAAUGCAUGUCCUUGAAGACAAAAUUCGCUCUCUGGAGAAGUUUUUAAGGUCUAGAAGGAAUCAAAGACGGGGACUCUAUGGCUGUGUGGCUGGUCUGGGAGAUGUAACUGGUUCAAUUUUGAUUAGCACUGCAUCAGAUCUUGUUGCUGGUGACAGAAGUAUGGUGCGAAAUUUAUUUGGUUCAUACUCUCGGAAUAUUGACUCUGGUGAAGAUUGUUCAACCGUGAAUAUACCUUAGCUAUAUCAAUGCAUAAUUAAUUGGAUUGUCUUCCAGGUGAGAGCUAUGGAGUGUAUCAGGCAGUUGCUUCUUAGAUGUGGGGAAGCCCUUUUCUUACUCCAACUUCUUUCACAACAUCUUGUGGCACGCUUGAUUCAGAGUUUUGAUGCAAAUACUAGGCAAGCUAUGGUUCAGUUAACAUUCCACCAAUUAGUUUGUUCAGAAGAGGGAGAUCGACUUGCAACAAGGCUUAUAUCUGCUUUAAUGGAGUAUUAUACUGGUCCUGAUGGCAGGGGAACAGUAGAUGAUAUUAGUCAUAGACUACGAGAUGGUUGUCCAAGCUACUACAAGGAGAGCGAUUACAAGUUUUACGUAGCCGUUGAAUAUCUUGAGAGAGCUUCUGCUACUUCCGAUACAGAAGAAAGGGAGAACCUGGCUAUGGAGGCUUUCAACAAUUUAAGUAAAAUCCCAGAGUCUGCUGAUUUGCAAACUGUAUGCAAACGUUUUGAAGAUUUAAGAUUCUAUGAAGCUGUAGUGCGAUUACCUUUGCAAAAGGCACAGGCUGUUGAUCCCGCUGGUGAUGCUUUCAAUGAGCAGAUAGAUGCAGCAAUUCGAGAACAUGCCCUUUCUCGACGUAUGCAGUGUUAUGAAAUUGUCACUAAUGCUCUGCGUUCUCUUAAGGGUGAAGCUUUACAAAAGGAAUUCGGGUCUCCUAUCAGGCCUGUUACGCAGUCCGUGCUAGAUCCAGCCUCUCGCAAAAAGUACAUAUGCCAGAUCAUUCAACUUGGUGUGCAAUCUUCAGAUAGAGUUUUCCACGAGUAUCUCUAUCGAACACUGAUUGACUUAGGUCUAGAUGAUGAGUUAUUGGAAUAUGGAGGCCCAGAUUUGGUGCAGUUUUUGCAAAAUGCUGGACGUGACCCUACUCAUGAGGUUCGGGCUGUUUCCUCAAUUACAUCCCCAACUUCUCGCGUGGGUCAUUCUAGAGUGCUUGUUGCAUCUAAUCAGAUAAAGUACUUUGAGCUUCUGGCAAGGUAUUAUGUCUCCAAGCGUCAGCAUGUUCUUGCUGCACAAAUAUUAGUGAGGCUAGCAGAAAGGCGUUCAACUGAAGCUGGGGAUACCCCAACACUUGAACAAAGGCGUCAAUACCUGAGCAAUGCUGUUCUGCAGGCAAAGAGCUCCAGUGAGGUGGACAGUUUUAAUGUUUCUGCCAGGGCGGCUAUUGACAAUGGGCUCCUUGAUUUACUGGAAGGGAAGCUUGCUGUUCUUCAAUUUCAGAUGAAGAUAAAAGAGGAAUUGGAUGCCGUGGCUUCAAGAUUGGAAACUUCUCCUGGCAGAUCUGAAUCUACCACAAAUGACUCAUCACCCGAUAAUGGUCAUUCUGGCGAUGCCAAUUUUGUUCUUUCUGUUCGAGAAAAGGCGAAGGAGUUAUCUGUGGAUUUAAAGACUAUCACUCAAUUGUACAAUGAGUAUGCUGUUCCGUUCGAACUCUGGGAGAUAUGUCUGGAAAUGCUAUAUUUUGCAAGCUAUUCUGGUGAUGCUGAUAGCAGUAUUGUUAGAGAGACCUGGGCUAGACUCAUUGAUCAAGCUCUUUCAAGGGGCGGUAUUGCUGAAGCUUGUGCAGUGCUGAAGAGGGUUGGUUCUCAUGUUUUCCCUGGAGAUGGAGCUAUGUUACCAUUAGAUACACUAUGUCUUCACCUUGAGAAGGCUGCGCAGGAGCGGGUGAUUGCAGGGGUUGAACCAGUUGGAGAUGAAGAUAUUGCAAGGGCUCUACUUGCUGCUUGCAAGGGUGCAAUAGAACCUGUGCUGAAUACUUAUGAUCAGUUGUUAUCAAAUGGAGCAAUUUUACCAUCUCCAAGUCUAAGGCUACGGCUUCUUAGGUCAGUUCUAGCAGUACUUCGUGAGUGGGCAAUGUCCGUCUUUGCACAGAAAAUGGGCACAAGCGCUGCUGGAGCUUCUUUGAUUCUUGGUGGACCAUUUUCACUGGGCCACACAACAAUUCUAAAUCAAGGUGUCCGUGAUAAGAUCACAAGUGCAGCAAAUAGGUAUAUGACUGAGGUGCGGAGGUUGCCCCUUCCACAAAAUCAAACUGAGGCGGUCUACCGGGGUUUCCGGGAGCUUGAAGAGUCGCUCUUGAGUCCUUUUCCUUUUGAGCGGUUGUAAGUUUGCUCUUCCAGGCUUGUUGUAUGAAUAGCUUGUGCUCAUAGGAACACUUACAACAAAAUAAUACAUUCCUAAUGUAAAUGACGACGUAUAAAUUAAUUUGUAUCUCUUUGACUUGAGGAUGUUAUGCAUCGGAAGUCCUCUCUGAUGGUAGGAAAUGCACUUCAAUCCCCACAAUUAAUCUAUCCUGUGUCGCUCAGGCAAUGGAUUUCAAGAGCAGUUGAUAGAAAUGGUCAACUUCGAAACAAUUGGCAUCAGCUAAUGUAAGGGGGUUCGGAAAAUCAAGUUAAAAA